AUGUGUCUAAGCCACUGCUGGGGAAAGAUCAAGAUCAAAUGCAAAACGGAAACCGACAAUCUGAAAAGACAACUGGAGUCAAUACCUUGGUCUUUGCUUCCACCCAGCUUCCAACAGGCAGUCGAGAUCACGAGGAAGCUCGGGGUUCGCUAUCUCUGGAUUGACUCACUUUGCAUCAUCCAAGAUGACAAGAUAGAUUGGGAGAAAGAGGCAGCUCAGAUGGUCAACGUGUACCGCAACUCAUACGCCACAAUUGCCGUAAGCUGGUCUCAUGAUUCUGAGGGAGGCUGCUACUAA